AUGGCUUCGCAUCAUAUCAAAGCAGUUCAGUGGGCCAAGUCGAAAGGUACCCCUCGGGUGGUGGUCGACUUCUGCGCGGCCCAUGGCAUGUGGGCGACGGAUAGACAAGUACGGCAUCGAGAGGAUUUCAAUGCGAAGGUCGUGGAGGACGGCGAUAAGCUUCCGAAGGAUGUCACCUGUGGUGCGUUUCCGUACGACAACUGUGACAUGGAACCCGUGGUUGGAGUUUGCCAGGGGGAGCCUCAUCUGUCGACGAUCGCAGCUUCGGCCGUCACGGUGGGGGGGUCGGUGGGUAAACUCGAAGACGCCUCGAGGUUGAAGCGGUAUAGCCUCCUGACCUUGGACGACGUGAUGAAGGGGCCAAAUGCACAGGGGGGCGAGCGGCGGUUCGAGGCCUUCCAGUCACAGCUCACAGCUCCGACGUGCCGUUUACGAGAGCGCGUCGUUAGGUUCGACACCGGACGGGCCGCUGUGGUGUGUGGAGGCUCAACUCCGAACGGAUCUAACGCCGGAGGAGAGAGCUACUCUCGACGGCCGGCGGCCGUCGACCGCAUCCUCCGGAUAUGGCGUGGUACGGUCGCCGGCAAGAACGGUGCGCCGUGCAUCAUCGCCGGGGACGAGGAGACGUACCGCGUCUUGUACCACAUCCAGAAGCAAGAGCGCAUGGCAUAUCGUCAACUUCGUCGGUACCCGGGUGAUUGGCACCUCCUCUUGCACAUGGCGAAGGCUCUUCUCAAGCGGUAUUGGGGGGCUGGCGUAGAGUUCGUGGCGAAGGAUUUGGGCACGGACAACAGCAAGUCAAGCGAGGGGAGCAACUACCGACGGGCACACCACCAUCUCGUCGUGAUGUGGGAGGCACGUAUGUCUUUAUGUCCGAAGAUGUGCCUUCCACCAGGGGAGGAUAUGACGGCGGAGGAUGCCGACAGCAUGGUGGUUGCGUGGAUCAAGAAGCGAGCGGCAGAGCACAAGACGUUCGCCCUAUGGCAGCAGUUCCUCUUGCACGACUUUCCUGCCUACAUGGCCUUCCGGACAGCGCUGCGCACGGGAGAUUUCAUGCUGCGGCUUGACGCACUUCGCCGUAUCGCUCCCAUUUUCUACAUCACCGGUAAGGACCGAUACCAAUUCCUGGUGGUGGACCUUGCGGAGAUGUCAAGGAUGUCGGAGUCGGAUCUGAAGGUGAUAGUCAAGCUAUUUUCCGUCUCCCUCAGCAAGGAUGCGUGUGCCCGGCUUGGUUUGGAUGAGAGGCAGGGGCUUACUAAUCGUAUGUACAAGACCUUGACGAAGAGGAUACUUCCGAGUUUCAUCCACAAGCUAGCCCCGACUGCGGUGCUUCGAGAGAUAGCUGAAUUCGAGUUUAGGCGGGAAUUCCUCGAAGGACCACGUACGGAACGGGAUAGAUGCCGCGAGCUGGCUUUACUGCGUGCGCCUGCGGGCGACUUAGGCAAGGGGAAGGUCGUGGCCUUGGACGGGAGGGUGUUUCCAGAGGCAAGGUGGCAAGAAGUUCUCGGUGCCCCGGCAACGGCGUCAGAGAAGAUGCGGGAGUUUAUCCUGUACUUCGUUAAGAAGGACAAGACGAAGAAGGGAGCGACAAAAAAGAAGUUCUUCUCCAUCCCGGCUUUAAACACAGAGAACAAGUCGACGAGGAGCAAGGGGAGGUCGUCAAAGCUGAAGGAUACAGUUGGCAACGCCUACGCGGGGGGGCGAGCGAUGAAGGCGAUGGUGCUGAACAUCUAGGACAUGGUCGAAGGGGUGGGGUCGUUGUCCGAGGAACAAGUGGUGGACAUGGCGACGAGGAUUGGAGCAUCGACGCCAUUUAGCAUGGCAAAUGCUACCGGAGGGGCUAAAAAUGCCAACAAUCCGCAGGCCCGACGAAGUGGCUCCAAGAUCACAGCUCCGACGCCGUCGCCGACGAGCCGUUUUACACCGUGCAUGCCCACGGAGUGGAUCUGCCUGUGUCAAU